CACAGUAUUAUGUUCCUUUGUCACAGAUAUAAUUCUUACAAGUGUUAGUGGGUGCGUGAACGGAUCGUCGUGGCUCAUACACCUUUUUAUCUCUGUAACUCUGUCCCAAUUUGAAAUCGUGACAGAAGAAAGAAUAGGAGAAAGGGUUUCGAUUUCGGAAGAGGAAUAAGGAGCUUCUGAAAGAGAGGGUUCAGUGUUCCAAAAUGAAGACGACCAAGGGCGGCAAAGUCAUGAACCCUACCGAUGCUUACCGAAAGGAGCUUCGCAAGAAGGAAUUGAAACGGAAUAAGAAAGAAAGGAAAAAGGUGAGGGAGGUGGGGAUUUUGAAGAAAGAUCCUGAACAAUUGAAGAAGCAGAUUGAGAACUUGGAAAUGAUGAAGGCUGAUGGUGCUUUGGAUAAAGCAAGAAAGCACAAGAAGAGACAGCUACAAGAUACACUUAACCUUGUCCUAAAGAAGAGGAGGGAAUAUGAAGAUAAAAUGCGGGAGAAGGGCGAGACCCCUGUCAUGUUCAGUCAUUUGGGGCCUCCUCGAAGGAGAACAACUGCAGAAGAAGAAGAGAGGGUUAAGCACCCAAAGCCUGAGGACUCUGUUUAUUAUCAUCCUACAUUAAACCCUACUGGGGCUCCACCACCAGGGAAACCUCCUAUGUUUAAAUCAUCUAUAGGACCCAGAAUUCCUUUGUCCGGUGCUUCAUCAAGUACUGCUGCAUCAUCCUUGGCAACAGAGUCAGAGGAUGAUGUAUUAGCUGUACCUCCACCUCCCCCGCCGCCUCCACUUCCUGAUGGUAGCAGUACGAGUUCAGCAGAUGGUGCUGUUUUACCAGCAUCUUUGCCAUUGCCUCCUCCCCCUCCCAUGCCUCCAAAGCCAGCUACUGCUGUGCCGACAUCAUUACCACCGCCUCCUUUGCCACCUCCACCUCCUCCACCUAAAGAACAAGUUGCAAAUCGUCCUAUUCCUCCUCCCCCACCACCUCAACAACAGUCUCAACCACCUCCACCUGGCACCAGUGGAGGUGAAGGGAGAAAUCAGUCUGCAUUGACAGAUGAUUCACCUUCCAAGGAGCCUGGUCAGGUGCAGCUUCCUCCACCUCCUCCACCUAGUCAGGUGCCACCGAAGGCUGGUGUGGUUCAGUCUGAUGGUGCUAUGGUUUCUACUGAGAAUAAGAAUUCUAUGGCAAGCCAGGAGAUCCAAAAAAUUGUUGCUGGGCAUCCUCCUCCAAGGCAACAACCCCCUGUUCCUGGACCCCCCUUAAUCCCAAGUUUACAGCCUGAUGUAUUACCCCCUGGAAUAUCCCGUUUCCCACCACCCCCGCCACCACCUGAUAUGAGGCCUCCUUUACCCGUGGCAGGACUCUCUGCUCAGGCACCACCUCCUGGAAUGAUGGUCCCCUUAAUGCCAAGGCCACCAUAUGGUCCUCCACCUGGGCCUCCUCCAAUGAUGAGACCUCCACUUCCACCAGGUCCUCCGCCAAACUUCCAGGAAGGGGAUCAUAUGGCAAAUAUGCCACCACUUCCUCCUCCAAAACCAUCAUAUGUUAAAUCUGCUGCUUCUACUGUUGUUAAAAGGCCAUUAGCUCAGCACACUCCAGAACUCACAGCUAUGGUUCCUGCAUCUGUGCGAGUGAGAAGAGAAACUGCAAUGACUAAAUCAAAACCAAAACCGUCAUUGCCAAUCCCUAGGUCAGUCUCUGGGACGUCAGGACCGACUAUUGUAAAAUCAGAGUCGGUGAGUUCGUCAUCGGCCCCAAAAGCACAGAGCAUUGAUGACUCGUAUACAGCUUUCUUAGAGGACAUGAAAGCCCUUGGUGCACUUGAUGGUUGAGAAAUUACUGUGAGUGGCGGUGUCGCAUAAUAUUGAGGGUGUUCACAGUGUUAUUUACAUGUUCAAAUAUUCACCCUCGCGACCUCACUAAAUUUUUUAUUCUUGAUGAAGUCUUAUCAAGACCAUGUAUACUCACUCUCUUUUGCGACUCCUAUUUCAUCUCCUUUAUCAUUCUAGUUUGAAUUAGUACACUAUUAGUUAACAAUAUUAUACAUUAUUCA